AUGCGACUUCCAGAAAAAGCAUUCGAUAAGAAUGAGCAGCUCACGGGCUCACCCGGCUACGUUCCGGAAACUCUCGGUAAAGCAACGUCGACAAUCCGCAGCAGCUUUAAUCCAACCAAUGGCCUCGGGCUAGUUUCAAUGCAGACACUGAAAAAGGAAGGGCGAAAAUUCUCUAUUUAUACCAAGCAAUGCAAAUUUCACCGCAUCAGACGUGCAAAUGUUCAGCUUUUGCUGCCCGAAUAUGCGAGAUUGUUCGGGAAAUUUAGUGUAACUUGCUUGCAUAAAAACAUUGCAUAUUUAGAAAGCAACGAGCUGGACAUGUGCAUAACUGUUGCGGUGAAACUUGCGUAG